AUGAGCCAAAAGACAGAAAGUACACAAUUGCCUGCUCCAUUUUGUGAUGGAUGGUUUCGAGAAUUUAGCUCUUUGUGGCCUGGUCAAGCUUUUACCUUACAAGUAGAUGAAAUUUUAUAUCAAGGUCGAUCGAAAUAUCAAGAUAUUGCCGUUUUUAAAAGCAAAACUUAUGGAAAUGUACUAGUCUUGGACGGUGUUAUACAACUGACUGAGCGCGACGAAUUUUCCUAUCAAGAAAUGAUCUCAUUUUUGCCAUUAAAUUCCCAUCCAAAUCCUAGCAAUGUUUUAAUCAUAGGCGGCGGUGAUGGUGGAGUUCUUAGAGAGGUAGUGAAACAUCCAGCCGUCAAGAAGGUGACCCAGUGUGAAAUCGAUGAGGAUGUUAUCAACGUUAGCAAGAAAUAUCUUCCAAGCACUAGCGUGGGCUUUCAAAGUGAGAAAGUAACCGUUCAUAUUGGCGAUGGACUUGCAUUUAUGAAGAACCAUAAAUCCGAAUUUGAUGUUAUCAUUACUGAUUCAUCUGAUCCCAUUGGACCCGCUUCAUCAUUAUUUGAAAAGGAGUAUUAUGAAUUGAUGAAAACAGCUUUAGCUCCUGGUGAAUGCCAAUGGCUACACUUAUCGUUAAUUAAGACCAUGCAAAAUUUUUGUAAGACUGUCUAUCCUGUUGUUGAUUAUGCUUACACCACAAUUCCAACGUAUCCAUCUGGACAAAUUGGCUUGCUGUUAUGUAGCCUCGACGAGAAAACUAAUUUUCGAGAGCCACUAUACAAGUUUUCUCCUGCUGAAGUAAAGAAAUUUAAUUUGCGUUAUUACAACGUGGACGUUCAUCGUGCUUCUUUUGUCUUACCAGAAUUUGCAAGAAAGGCAUUAUACGAGUAA